AUGGGGUGUGUUCGUACCAACACCUUGAAGAAAUCUUCUCGUCAAGUCAUCGAGAAGUACUACUCUUGCAUGACUCUUGACUUCCACACAAACAAGAAGAUCCUUAAAGAAGUUGCCAUCAUUCCUUCAAACCGACUCCGCAACAAGAUUGCUGGAUUCUCCACCCACUUGAUGAAACAUAUCCAGAAGGGACCAGUCCGUGGGAUCUCACUCAAGCUUCAAGAAGAAGAGCGUGAACGCCGCAUGGACUUUGUUCCGGAUGAGUCUGCUAUUAAGACCGAUGAAAUCAAGGUCGACAAAGAGACUCUAGAGAUGCUUGCUUCCCUUAGAAUUUCUGAAAUCCCUGGCUUCUCUCAAGUCGAGCCACAGGCUAUGGCACCUAAAGUCCAGUAUGUCCUCGAAGAGCAAGAGGUUAAAGAGACUCUUUUCCAUCACAUGGAAGAGCCUGAGCAGGGUACUACGGCUCAACAUGAGAAAGAUCAGCAGACAUAUGUUGCCUGGAAAAGAAAGAAUAGCAUCGCUCGCAUCACGUUGUUGAGUUGUAUGCAAGAUGAUCUCAUGUGUGAAUUUGAAGAGUACGAAACUGCGAAAGGCAUGUGGGAGCCUUGA